AAGCGUGUGGAGGGAGGGGCCGGGGCGGCGGCGCGAGAUGGAGCCGCAGCUUGGGCUCCACGCGUUGCUGCACGUUUUCUCCUUUCUGGAGGCCCGAGACUUGCUCUGCGCCGCCCAGGUGGACAAGGUCUGGAAUGAAGUUUCAAGGACCAAGGAACUGUGGAGGCAGCUGUGUCUGAGACGCUGGUCAUCAUGUAAAGCCUCCCAGAUGACCUUGGGCACACAAACAUGGAAACAGUACUAUCUCUGCCGAUCUGAGCUGGAGUUCCGAAUGGAAUCUGGGCGGCCAGAGAAGGACUUCAUCUGCAAAGCCAUUGCUGGGCACAAAGGAGGCAUAGACGAGCUGGCCUACAUCUCAACCAACGAGUGCCGGUUUGAUGGGCAGGAGAAGUCGGUGGUGUGCACCGUGUCCUCGGACAGCACAGUGCGUGCCUGGGAUGUGCAGGAGGGCACAGAGAUCUGGUCAAGCCCCCUGCAGCCCGCUGCUCUGGUGAAUUUGGUGACCUACCCUCGGCUGCAGCUGGUCGUCACCGUGGACAAGCUGGGCCUGAUCAAGGUGUGGAAAGCGGAGAAUGGGAGGGAGUGGGCCUCCUUCUCCCUGCCUACAUACUCAUCUGCGUUGCAGGCCUGUGACCAUCCAGAGGGCCCCUUCCUGCUGGUGGCCUCUGUUGAGGGCAUCCUGUAUGCGCUGAGCAUGCCCCAGCUGCAGCUGCUCUCCAGGACCAGUGUGUUUCCGAGCAGCCCCACCAGUCUCCUCUGCUCUCCUGACUGCCAGUGGGUGUUUGCUUCCACCCAGGACUCAGACUUGGGCCCAAAGGUGUUCCACACUCGCUCCCUGCUCUGUCUGGUAGAGGAUGAGCCUCCUGUCUCCACCACUCUCCCCAUCUGGCUGAUUUCCAGAGCCUGCUGGGCCCCUGACGAGACAGCCAGGCUGAUGGUGAUGCACAGAAACAAUGAUAGCAGGCAGCUGGCCAUCAGCACCUACGAGCUGGGGGCCAAGCAGUCCCAGGAAGGAGUGGACGUUAUGGUACAACAGAUUGCAAGUUUCCUCCUGCCAGACACCAUGACACCUCCUCACCUCAUGAAGGCCCAUGGCUCUCAGUUGAUCCUGCUGGUGUCGGGGUCGGAGCUGGUGCUCUUCACCAUCCAGGGCCUGCAGCUGGCAGCCUUCCAGGACCACCAGAAGCCCGUCACAUCCCUGUGGGUGGACCAGAGCCGAGUCCUCACUGCUUCCUUCGACCUCUCCCUGCGGGUCUACGUGUGGAAUAAGGAAAAUAAGUUUCCCGUCCUCAAGAGCUGCUAUCACCUGCUCGGGGGCUCCCACAGAUGGGCCAGUGGAUUCACCCAUGUGGAAAGUGACAGUAUGAGCAUUGUAGGUGUGGAAGCCAGAAGCAUCGGGACGAGUAUUCUGAGGUCAUAUUGCUUCAACAUGCAGCAUGGCUCAGAUGAUUGUGUCAAUUGAAGAUAAUCUCAUUUUGGUGAAAAGCUUGUCUACAUACAGACUAAAUGAUUAUUUUAUCAACACUGGAAAAGGAAUGAGCAAUUCUCAAAUGCCUCUUAUGGGCCAGGCACUGUGUUACGUGACUUUCUUUUUAAAUCCUCACAAGUCAAUGAAGGACAUAUGGUGUCUCUAUUUUUCAGACAAGGAGCAUGACCAGUAACAGAGACCCAUUAUUGGCCUGUUGUCUGGCUGCCAUGCCACCUGCCCAAGCUUAUUCAGACAGUAAGUGGGAGAGAGGAGUGGAUGUAAGAAGGUCCAUGUUCAAGGUACUAGACUUGUAUCCUGAUUGUUUUGUUGUUCAGAUAUGUAGUGAAGUAAGGAAAUGUCCUGUUCUGUUACAUGCUUUAGACACGCAUUAAUAAAUAGUUGUGUGGUGCCCCACUGCAGAACUGUAGGGACACCAUUUUGUACUCUGUGCAAGUGG